AUGGCGACCAAAGUAUUGGGUUUUGCAGCUAUUGCUGCUCUCUUUCACAAGGUUACUUGUCAGCAAGCCCCUACGCCGGAUAACAUAGCAUCCCUGCUGACCUGGAAGUGUACAAAUUCCGGUGGUUGCAUUCAGCAGUCGACAUCUAUUGUCGUGGACUGGGUGUAUCACUGGAUCCACACAGUCAAUGGGAGCACAUCGUGCACUACAUCCAGUGGUUUGGACUCAAAUUUAUGUGGGUCGGAACAGGAAUGCUACGCAAACUGCGAAAUUUCACCUGCCACCUACGAUAGCCUUGGUAUAAAGACUUCUGGAAAUGCCUUAACUCUCAAUCAAUACGUCACAAGCAAUGAUAAUGCCGGCAAGAAUUAUGAGAUGUUGCAGCUUCUCAGUCAAGAAAUUAGCUUUGACGUAGAUGUCUCCAACUUGCCAUGCGGCGAAAACGGGGCUCUUUACCUCUCUGAGAUGGAUGUUACUGGUGGUCGAAGCCAGUACAACCCAGCUGGAGCGUCAUACGGUUCGGGUUACUGUGAUGCUCAGUGUGGAACUGGUACCUGGUUCAAUGGUUCAAUCAACAGUGGUGGCCUGGGCUCUUGCUGUAACGAAAUGGAUCUCUGGGAAGCGAACUCCAAGGCAACGGCUUUGACACCUCAUCCAUGUAGCGUCGAAGGUCCCUACGGUUGUUCUGGUAGUGCCUGUGGUUCAACUGGGGUGUGUGACAAGAACGGUUGUGGAUUUAACCCAUAUGCCCUUGGAGAUCAGAGCUACUACGGCCAAGGGUUUAUAGUGGACACGAGUAAGCCUUUUACAGUUACGACACAGUUUGUCACGAGCGAUAACAGCAAGACUGGGACCUUGACCGAAAUUCGUCGGUCUUACGUUCAGAAUGGCAAGGUUAUCGCGAAUGCCGUUGCAUCAGCGUCGUCGGGCUUCUCAGGUGCAAAUUCCAUUACAGAGUCUUUCUGUACUACGAUGGACUCCGAAGCAGGAACACUUGGGGGUUUGAAUACAAUGGGUGAGGCCCUCAGCCGGGGCAUGGUCCUCAUUUUCAGCAUCUGGAAUGAUGCCGGUGGAUACAUGAACUGGCUAGACAGUGGUAACUCGGGUCCUUGCAGUAGUACUGCAGGAAUUCCGUCCACCAUUGAGGCGAAUGACCCCGGUACUUCUGUUACUUUCUCAAAUAUUAAGUGGGGUGAUAUUGGAUCAACAGUAUCUGACACUGGAGGAAGCGGCUCAUCAUCGUCGUCAUUGAUUUCAACAAAAACCAGCAGUACCACAACGACAUCAGCGACGAGAACCGCAACCAGCAGUGGCGCAACUCAGACUCACUACGGUCAAUGUGGGGGGAUGUAUUAUACUGGCCCUACUGUUUGUGCCUCUCCGUACACUUGUCAUGUGCAGAAUCAGUACUAUUCACAGUGCCUGUAG